AUGAGACGUGAGGAGAAGAGAAAAGCUUUGUAUUCAAAAUCUACAAGUGGGAGCCUUCCGGUGCAGGUUUUAUCUUGUUCUGAGCCUCGUCACUUCGUCAGCUAUUUUGAUUUUGGUGUCCUUUUUCCCGCUGCGAGUCCGCGGGGCCUCUGGGUUCAGAUUGCUCCCCACGCGCCUGACCUUGGCAACGAGAAAAGACUGAUAUUGCGUCUCUGUAUCGCUCAUCCGUUGUUAUUCCAGCUCGAGAUUCCGAACAGUGCGGUCCUCACAUUUUCACUGUGCUCUCACAUCGCUUGUUUUUUCACUGUUUCCAAAGGAAAGAAAAUGCCCCAAGGAAACGGAAGUCAAGGUGGCAACGGAGGUUACUCCUACCGCUCAUCUGGAACCAACUCUCAGGGUAACCACUACUGCAGUCGCGACUAUGGCUCAUCAGCGCCAAACCCCAACUCCUACCAUUACAGUAACACAAAUGGGUCCUACUAUUACAGUAACCCAAAUGGCUCCACGUACUAUGCUAACCCCAACACCGGGGCCGCCAACUACAACCCACCGAGCAACGGAAAGCAAUAAGCUCCAGCUGGAACUACUUCGCCUCACCGGUGUUUUUUCCCCCUUUUUUCUAUUUUUAAAACUUACAAUCUCAGCACAUUUUAUAUUAUGAGUGCUUAUUUUAGGAGUUUUUGUCCUAAAAAUAUGCGGAAUGUUUUCAAAAUUGUGUUUUUACCGAUUAUGUUGUAAUAACUAAACGUAUUCCAUGUUUAAAAGUUUAUUUUUACUCCGGGAAUGUCUUUUUGCAACAUUUAUCCCCUCUAAAGAAUUUUUUACCUUAAGGUAUAUUGAAGUAUUAACAGUAAUUUUUUUCCAAAUAUGUAUUUUUGCAUUCAAGAAUAAAAGUUAAUUUUGUC